AUGGCCCAGCAAUUGGAGUACCAGUUGGCGCUCAUUAAACAGCUGCAGCAGCAGAUGGCUGAAAUACAAGCAGCCAACAUGGCCUGGAAGCAGCCGGCCCAUCAACAACAGGAUCAACAGCAGCAGCUAAUCAUACAGCAGCGGCAACAAGAGCAGGAGCAAACGAAGCAGCAGCGACAACAGCAGCAGCAACAGCAACGACAGCGGCAGAGCGAAGAAGAUGAUGGCAUGUGCCCAGAAGUCAUCAUCGAGGAGGAGGAAGGAGACCGCUUCAACUUCGUAGUGCGGAAGAAAAAGGCAGCCAAUAGGAGUAAGGUUAGUGCCACUAUUGUAAGUGCCCCACCAACCACCCCACAAUCCUCUCCCUCCGAUAACUGGGUACAAACUAAAUGUAUCGCAAUUCCUACAAUGAUUCAAAGCAAAAGGGUUGAAAGCAACCCUAAAGAACACGAGGGCUGA